AUGCCUCGCUUGAUUCAUUAUUCAUUGAAGGUAUCAGAUCGCCAGGAGGCUCGUAAUUUCUUUGUCGACACUUUGGGAAUGAGGGUUCUUCGUCAUGAAGAAUUUGACGGAGGGUGCAAAGUGGAAUGCAAUGGGUCUUUUGAUAAUAAAUGGAGUAAAACCAUGGUUGGCUACGGGAGUGAGGAUGGACAUUUUGUACUAGAGCUUAUAUACAACUAUUCUGUUCCCAAAUAUGAUCAGGGAAACGACUUUCUGGGUGUCUUCAUUGAAUCUACAGAAGUAUAUAUUCGUUGUACAGAGAAACUACUGGGCUCAGUAGCUGCAUUUGAAGAUGUGUUUUACCUGCGCGUUCUCGAUCCUGAUGGCCAUGCUUUUUACAUAAAAAAAGGGAUUCGAAGGCCAGAACCGAUAUUCAAGAUUGGUUUGAACACGGAAGAUUUAAACAAAACUAUAGGUAUGAAUUACGGGCGAUAUUCAGAAGACACAGAUUACUGGACAAAUGUACUGGGCAUGAAAGAACUUUCAAAGGAGAAGCAGAAGUGUAUUGUAGAACGUCUGGUUGGGCAUUCUCCGCUAAAUUUGUUCCAUAAAAACCAAGAACUACUUUUCCAGCUGGAACCAUUAGAGAAGAAGAUAUCAGCUCACGAAAGGAAAAUACUUUUUCCACUGCAAAAGUUGGGGCAAGGAGAAUUGAAAGAAUCUGUUCUUAUCCUUGCAGAUCCUAAUGACCACGAAAUAUGCUUUGUUGGAGCAGAUGAAUUUUUAAAGCUAUCUGAGGAGGAUUUGGAAGCUGAUGAUAAGCUUGCUUUUGCUAUUGAGAAGGAAAAAGCCAAGGCAGAUAAACCUUAA